AUGGCGAGAACUGAGUCAAGAAUCCUCAAACUUCACAGGUUGAACCGCUUGCUCCACACCCUCAUCGGGGCCGACGGCCGCUGGGAGAUACCCACCUCCCUCUUCCAGCUCAUGGUACGAAUACAGAUUGAGCUGCUGAAUCCCUCCGGAUUUUCAAAUACGAGGCUAUCAUACCUACGCAGACAGCCUAGAAUGCGACCCAUCUGUGCUGUUCGGAUGAAGAAAGCCUCAAAGGUCGAAUAUCAAGCUUUGCCUCGCUCCAUCAGCCUUGCCUUUGACUUGCGAGCGAGCGUCAAAGGCUGCCUGAUCUGGCCUGACUCUGCGCGGUUUGGCCGCUCAACAGGGAACCUCGAUCUUGCGGGAGCAAUGCCGACCCCGGCCAGCCUGGGUCGCGUCCGUCCGGCUGGAAUCAUCGACAUCCGACACCAUGCGAGUCUGGGGGCGCUCAAACCACCCGAAACCUGCAAGAAAACACACUCGAUGCGCUUUGUGCCUACAGCCCUUCGACGUCGCCAGACGAAGGGCAUGUUUGUGUUCGAGAAUGAGGACCCGGCCGCAGGACUCGUUGUUCCGAGGCGCGUGCGGCAGAAACGUUCCAGGGUUUGGCUUGACGUUGCCGAGCGGCCGUGGGCAUCUGCCAAUUCUCCGAGGCCCGCUUCAGGGCUGCAUUUCGAUAUUCUUUUCCCGGUUUCCUCGUCGCUCAAGGAGUCGUUUGACGACGAAUCAGCUUCCCGUGGUGCGGUUUCCCAGUCAGACCAGCAGGUGUUGCAAGUCACCCGCCAGACAACUCCGCCAAUAAGCAAGACUUCGAACAUUCUCGUCUUUGAGUCGUGUCUCCAGGCCGGUCUCGACCGGACAAACGAUAAGCUUGGGGAUUUGCAACCACCCAGAGUUACAUUCCGCGGUCGAUCUCCACGAUCGCAAAGACCAUCAAGAGGCCUUGCGUUGUUCGUCAUCUCCCUACGGAUACUAGGCGGACCGCUCCGUAAAGCCAACCCGGAGCCGGUGCGUAGUGCCCAAGGACGGCCCAGAAACACACAGACCAAUCGUGCCGAGUAA